CCUGACGUCAUUGUCGCUUGUGUUUUUUAUGAAUGAAAGAAUCCAACCUCAGAGAGCAGCGGAGUAAUUCCGGGAAAAGGCGGACUGACAUUUUGUCGCCAGAGUCGCUUCGACCCAGCAGAGUGUCUGUAUCUGUGUUGACUGGUGCUUGGGGGGGAAAAACCGAAGACAGUUGGAUCAUGACGACAGAAAGAAACAGCAAAGCCCUGAAGGUGAAGCAGGAAUGUGGCGAGAACGUGCCCUUCCUGUCGGACAGUGAGCUCAUGUCCCUCUCGGUGCGGGAGCUGAACCUGCACCUGCGCGGCCUGUCCCGUGAGGAGAUCCAGAAGUUGAAGCAGCGCCGCCGGACCUUGAAGAACCGGGGCUACGCCGCCAGCUGCCGGGUCAAACGGGUCUCCCAGCGCGAGGCCCUGGAGCAGCAGAAAAUGGAGCUUCAGAGGGAGGUGGAGCGGCUCGGGGCCGAGAACGCCGGCAUGAGGAAGGAGCUGGAGGGGCUCGGCGCGCGCCUGGCUGCUCUCCAGAGAUUCGCCAGGGGCCUGGAGGCAGGAGGGGGCAACCUGCUGGCCACGGCCCCGCGCCUCAACACCGCCUCAGUCAUCACCAUCGUCAAGAGUCCACCACAGCCUCAGCCACAGAGAGAACAGGAGCCGUCCUAGAAGGAGCUGCUGGAACCAGACUCGGGGGGAGGGACGCACAACCUGCAAUGCAAACACACACAUUCACACACACACACACACCUACAGGCAUACACAUAAUAUACACAUAUACAUGCUCAGAACAGGAAGACAAUAUUAGUAGGAAAAUACUAAGCGCUUGUAUGCGUCGCGCCUCGUUCACAUUAUGACAUGCAGGAGUCGUUUGGUCCUGUGUGACACAGUGCUGACAGAGCGGUGUGUAAUGUCACCAAACAGACAACAGCUGUGCUUAAUUUUCCAAAGUAAGAGCCAGGAACGGUUGAAAAAUCACGUCGGACCAGUGGAGGAGUCUUCGACUCAAUGCUAUUUUUAUGACACUGCAGCUUAGUCAACUGAAUUGCACAAAGUGCGUUUGUUUAGAAACACUCAGAACAAUGCAGGAGAUGUAAAUGCGAACGAGGCGUCGAGCACCAAUAUAUACACACACACACACACACACACACACACUCUCACUCUCACACACAUGCACAAAACCCUCACGCUCAUCCUCGCCCCGAUCCUCACGGGGGCAUAGACAUAGACUAAAACUGGACUCUUUGACUGAAGCCAGACCAACCCAACCAGAGUUACUGUACAUCUCCACUGCUCAGCAAAACCCAAGUCGGCCGACGCCGGCCGGCACUUUCUCUGAUUGUGCUACUGGCAAAGAAAAAAAGAAAACAACAAGAGCAGGGCUUCUCCCCGCUUCAGUUUUAUGGCACCUGACCAACAGCAAAAAAACACACCAGGGUGGAGCAGACGUACAGUAGGUGCUGCCUACUCCAGCUCUACAAAGUCUGCAUUCCUGGUGCAGUUGUUGUCUGAAGUUACUGGGUUUUUCCUCACACCAGCUCCCGGGGUCAUGUGUUUCUGCUAAAGGCAAGAAAGUGUCCCAAAGUAUGAAUCACUUGUCAUUACUGCAGCGUUUCUCAACCUUGGUGUCACUUGAUAUCCAGGCGCGGAUCAUGGGAGAUUUCCUAGACUAAUGACAUUUUUUUUUUUUUUUUUUUUUUUGGGGGGGGGGGCGCUUUGGUUAAGGAUCAUUUCUGCACAAUAAAUCUGGAGCUUCCUUCGUUCUCUUGAAAAUAAAAUACAGCAGAGGAUUUUGGAAGCAAGAGUUAUCACACAGUCCUGAAAAAGGUUGAGAAACACUGCAUUUGUGAAUCAUAAAUUCCUUCAAACUUGUUUAUUUAUUAGUUUUGGGAUUCACCUGUCACUGCUCUUUACCUGUUCCUCCCCUCCAUGUGAGGAGAAAGUAGUUUUGUAUCACUAGUGUUCACAUUUCUCACAUUAAUGCAGUGCCUUCAGCGUAUGCAGGAGUUACAAGAAUGCAAAACCUGAAGAGGGAAAAAGGUUACAAACAGCCUGUAAUCGCUCCUUCUUGCCUGUUCAUGACCACACAUUUCCUUCUGUCUUUAUGAUUCCUCUCGAUUCUCCUACUUUCGGAGCUCUAAUCCCACACAUUACUCAUUUCACAAUCCCUACUGUGCAGUAACUUUGCUACAGUCUACUGUGGCUUCCCUUUUUUUUCAUGUCUGGUAGACUCCCAACAACAGAUGUUGGUCAUUUUGCUAAAAACGUGUCAAAGCGGAGUCGCAUCUGGUAGGAAUUACGCUCGAAAUCGAUGCAAAUCCUCUGCAUACAUUCCCGUUUUUUUGUGUUCUUAUUUGUAAUGUUUGUACGUGCCGUUGAGAGACGAAAAUGUUGAGUGACAUUUAUCAGAGAUAUAUUCUAUAUUUUAUUUGUAUUUAAAGGUAGAUAUUAUGAAAAGACAAGCUAACGAGUGCUGUGAUGUUCUAUCUGUUUUCAGAAGUACUUACUUAUGACUAGUCUGGGGAUAUUCUCAAGUCUAAUUAUUGUGUUGUGGUGGCGACGAUGAUUACUUUACAAAAUGUUAAUUAUUAGCUAUGUAGAAAUAUGCUCAAAGCCAAUGGCCAUAUUGCUGUAUGAUGAUUUUUGUGUGUAUGUUUUUGCCAUGUUUGUACUGGCUUGUCAUAGUGGAUUCUUGGAGGGAUAUUAUUUUUCUAUGAUGGUUUGUAUGUUAUUCGUGUGAGAAGCUUAAGGUCACUUAUGAGUUGAUUGGCUGGGGUCGACGGAAACGCAGGAUAGACGAGUGGGGGGGAAACAGCGAGAGGGAGAAAGAUGGAGACGAGGAGGAGACAAGAAGGUCGAGGAGUUGUCAGGAUGAUGAUGGAGAAAGAAAGUAGACAAGGCGGACUGGGGAAGAAGGUAGAGAGAGAGAGAGAGAGAGGUGGCGUUUUAUUCACUUGAACACCUCCAUCGGUCAUAGGCCUGUUUACAGGUCUGGAUUUCAUGGAGUCUAGGCCACUGAAUAGUGCUAGCAAUAUCAUUUAUAAGCAGGCAUUGUAACACAUUAGACUGUGUUGACAAAUAACUCCCUAAGAUAUGAGGCAUAUAUUUAGCUAUAUGAAUAUCAGUGUGGCAAAGCAUUUAUUCUCAAUAUUUUAACGUCUCACAUCUGUCAAAUUGUGCUGGAUGUUUUGUAAUAACUUGCAAAACAAAAAUGGUCUUUGUAUUUAUUACAUGUAUUUUUUCUAUUGUGAAAAUUUAAGUACAUUGUCUAUUUUAUAUAUUAAUUAUAAUAAAUGUUGUACAUAUUGUACAUAAAA